AUGGCGCAUAACAACUUGGUAUCGGAGUCAGCUAUCAUGGGUGACGAAAAAACUUUGACAUCCAAGUUGGAGACAUUCAUGGAACAAAUGGCUACAAGGCAACAAGCAUUAGAGGAGCAGAUGGCCAUGUUAUCUCUUUCGUCUCAGGUAACCUACCUCAGUCAUGUCAUCCAUGGUGAAGGAGUCGAGGUUGAUCACACUAAAAUUAAAGAUGUCACCGAUUGGCCAACUCCUAAAACUACCAAAGCUCUACGAGGUUUUCUUGGGUUGGUAGGAUAUUACACAAAAUUCAUCAAGAAUUAUGGACAAGUUGUUACACCCUUAACAUCUCUUCUAAAGAAAAAUGCCUUCAACUGGACUAAGGAAGUUGAUGUUGCUUUCACCCAAUUAAAAACUUCUCUUUCAGCAGCCCUAGUCUUGCAAUUACCCAACUUUAAGGAGGAAUUUGUGGUAAAAUGUGAUGCUUUGGACAGCGGGUUUGGAGCUAUACUGUAA